AGAAGAUCUUACUUCACUGCUUCAACAUUCCUUCUUUCUUCCAAAAUAGAAAUGUGCAUCAACUGCAGUGAUUCUCUCCAUCGGUAACAGAUACACCCAGAUCUUCCACAGCCAGACGGAACAGAUAAAGCCCAUUUUAGGCUGGCUCCAGAAGACCUAAAUUGUGUUCGACUACCAUCCUUUGUGAUAAAUAUUUUGGAAUUCAGGAUGAAUAAGACAAGGGCUGCUAACGAUGGUUUUCAUUUCCUGAACAGCAAGAACUGGAACUCAAACCGAAGCUUUCCCAUGAACAUUUCUAAUCAGUGCAUGAACAUCACCGACCUUACUGUCUUCCUGGCCACCUCUUACAGCUUGGAGACUGUCCUAGGGAUUGUGGGAAACAUCUGUCUGAUUGCCGUCAUUGCCAGGCAGAAGGAAAAGGCCAAUGUCACCAACAUCCUAAUUUCCAAUUUAAUAAUUUCAGACUUGUUUAUGUGUCUUGUCUGCCUGCCUUUCACCAUUGUUUACACCAUGAUGGACUACUGGAUAUUUGGAGAAGUCAUGUGCAAAAUGACCUCUUUUACUCAGUGCACAACUGUGACAGUGUCAAUACUUUCCCUUGUCCUUAUUGCUCUGGAAAGACACCAGCUCAUCAUAAACCCAACUGGUUGGAGGCCAAAUACCUCCCAAGCCUAUCUAGGAAUUGGAGUAAUUUGGAUUUUAGCAUGUCUCAUGUCCCUACCCUUUUUGACCACAUCCAUCUUGUCUAAUGACUUGUAUGAGCAGCUCUCACACUUCAUGAAUUUUUCCACUGAUAAGGCCAUAUGCAUCAACUCGUGGCCUUCUGAGCAACACAAACUUAUCUACACCACCACUCUACUGCUCUUGCAAUAUUGCAUCCCGCUGUUCUUCAUUAUACUUUGCUACCUGCGUAUCUACUUACGUCUACAGAAGAGAAAGGACAUGUUUGAGAAGAGUGAAUACAGCAACCGAGCAGUUCAGCUGAGAAGGAUAAACAUUUUGUUAGCAUCUAUGGUGGCUGCUUUUGCUGUUUGCUGGCUACCACUGCAUAUUUUCAACACCAUCGUAGACUGGAAUUACAAAAUCAUUUCACCUUGCCACCACAACCUGAUCUUCUCAUUAUGCCACCUGGUAGCUAUGGCUUCCACCUGUGUCAACCCUGUUAUCUAUGGUUUCCUAAAUAGCAACUUCAAAAAAGAAGUGAAGUCACUGAUUCUGAGCUGCCAGCACAAUUCAGUAACUGCAUCAAUGGAAGAAUAUGAUCAUUUGCCUUUAUCCACCAUGCAGACUGAAAUUUCCAAGGGCUCGCUGAUGUUGAACUGCAGACAUAAUUCUAUCUGACUAGGAGAAAAUAUUUCAGAAGGGUUCACUGACACCACACACCAAUUAUUACCUGUGAGUGUAUAAAGUAACAGGUGAUGCCGUAUCUGGAAGGUGAACAGGAUAUCAUUACCACCUGAUUUUUGGAAGAAUAGGCAAAGGAAGGUCAGAAAUGUUAACAGCUGCUGCUAUGGUACACGAUUUUCUUCAUGUCAUAGAGAUGAUAUGGACACUG